AUGCCAUCUAUCCCCGACAGCAGACUGCUUCCACUGCUGUCUCGUCGGAUCUCGCCAGUCACAGGGCGUUUGGGAAUGGAGCACAAAUUACCCCGCACUCAACUUCCCCCGCACCUAGCAAUUCCUGCCAAGCCUGGCGAUCAGAUAAAAACAAAACUUCUUUUCCUUCGCAGAGCCGGAAAGGUCAUUAUCCAUUUGCAUAUCAAACGAAGACACCCUGCACACACAGAAACCAUGGCGUCCACCUCCGCCUCCCCAGCUUUCAUCUCCAACCCGUCGACCGCCGCAUCCCAACUCAAUGGGACUUUUCAAAUCCACUAUUUCGCCAGCGCUUUCUCCUUUACCGGUAAAGCGACCGAACCACUUCCUGCUCCUUUGCCCGUGCACAAGCUCUUCGAUAUCCUGGACGAGCGAUACCCCGGUAUAAAAGAAAAAGUGCUGUCUAGUUGUGCAGUUAGUGUCGGACUAGAGUACGUGGAUGCCGAUGGGGAGGAUGACGAUGCGAAUGGCAGAAUAAUACAGGCCGGAGAAGAAGUUGCAAUUAUUCCGCCCGUCAGCUCGGGCUAAAAGGUAGCCGGAUGCCGCUGUCUAAGGUGACGCCUAGUUCCUAGAAUAUCGGGUUAUGCGACAUCGCCCUUUGACAUGCUACCAUUCGACUGUUUCAAUGGAAACACAUUUAUAUAUCCCGCCGAGGGUGCGUCCGGGCUGCAACGUGAUGAGGCAUGUCGGAUGGAUCAUGUUAAAAUCUGGAUUGCUUUUAUUUCUGGUGCUCUGCGACCCUGAGUUACCUGAGUCCCGUCGCCUCAUGAUCCUUUGUCUUAUCUUUUUGGGAGAGGAAUAGAGUUUUAUUGCGUUUUACAUUAUCCUUAGGCAAGGCUACUUUUAGUUGCCUUUUGACUGAUGAUGGGUGGGCCAUUGUGACCUUCGGAAAGCGGAAGUGUAGUCGAUGCAAGCUUUCUCAGACAUCGCCAACAAAGAUUCCAUGAAGUCACACAAAAUGGGCCAUAUAAUAGCAGCAUGAAAAAGCUGGAGAUUUUAACCGCAUGUGCAAUUAUUGUUGUUUGGAAGAAGUCCAUGGGAGGCAGAAUGGUGACAAAUGAUUUGCGAAGCUGAAUCACAUCAGCUCAUAUGUCUGGGGCACAUACAUUAAGGAAUCAAAGCCUAAAGCGCU